AUGGCGGGAGAGCUUCUCGCACGUAAUCUGUGUCUAUGGAUCCCUGUGUGUUUUCUGUUACUCGUUAAUGUCCAUUUUGGAACUUGUUUUUACCUUCCUGGUGUUGCACCCGAGGAUUUCCACAAGGGGGAUCUGUUGAGGGUGAAAGUGAACAAACUAUCUUCAACAAAAACACAGCUUCCUUACUCCUACUAUUCACUGCCUUAUUGUCAUCCAGAUCACAUAGUUGACAGUGCUGAGAAUCUUGGGGAAGUUCUUAGGGGUGACCGCAUAGAAAACUCUCCUUACGUGUUCAAAAUGAGAGAGCCCCAGAUGUGCAAUGUUGUUUGUCGGCUAACUCUCGAUGAAAAAUCAGCCAAAGAGUUCAAGGAAAAGAUAGAUGAUGAAUAUCGUGUGAACAUGAUUUUAGACAAUCUCCCUUUGGUUGUUCCACUGAGACGUCCGGAUCAUGAGUCUUCCUUGGUGUAUCUGCAUGGCUUCCUAGUUGGUCUCAAAGGACAGUAUGCUGGAAACAAGGAAGAAAAGCAUUUUAUCCACAACCACUUAACAUUUAUUGUUAAGUAUCACAGAGAUCCAGUGACAGAGACGUCCAGGAUUGUAGGCUUUGAGGUUAAGCCUUUCAGUGUAAAGCAUGAAUAUGAAGGUGAGUGGGAUAACAACACGCGCUUAACUACAUGUGAUCCUCAUGCAAAAAUGUUAGUCUCAGGCUCUGAACCUCCUCAAGAGGUUGAAGACAAGAAGGAGAUUAUUUUUACCUACGAUGUUGAGUUCCAGGAGAGUAAUUUGAAGUGGGCUUCUCGCUGGGAUUCCUAUCUCCUAAUGGCCGAUGAUCAAAUUCACUGGUUUUCAAUUAUAAAUUCUUUAAUGAUUGUGCUUUUCCUAUCGGGCAUGGUGGCUAUGAUAAUGUUGAGGACACUUUACCGAGAUAUCUCUAAGUACAACCAAUUAGAGACUCAGGAAGAAGCUCAGGAAGAGUCAGGGUGGAAGCUUGUUCAUGGGGAUGUUUUCAGGUGCCCUUCGAACUCCGAUUUGCUAUGUGUAUACGUUGGAACUGGUGUUCAGUUUUUUGGAAUGAUUCUUGUGACCAUGAUCUUUGCUGCACUUGGAUUCCUCUCUCCCUCAAACAGAGGGGGGUUGAUGACUGCCAUGCUCUUGCUCUGGGUCCUUAUGGGACUGUGUGGUGGCUAUUCUUCAGUGCGUCUUUACAAGAUGUUCAAGGGAACAGAAUGGAAAAAAAUUGCUAUAAGGACAGCAUUUAUGUUUCCUGCCAUUGCCUUUUCAAUUUUCUUUGUGUUAAAUGCUCUAAUCUGGGGCCAGAAGUCUUCUGGGGCAGUGCCAUUUGGUACAAUGUUUGCUCUUGUUUUCUUAUGGUUUGGCAUCUCAGUUCCUCUCGUGUUUCUUGGUGGUCACUUUGGUUAUAAAAUGCCAUUGGCUGAGGAUCCUGUAAAGACAAACAAGAUCGCUAGGCAGAUCCCAGAGCAGCCUUGGUAUAUGAACCCAAUCUUUUCUGUUCUAAUCGGAGGCAUACUCCCAUUCGGUGCUGUUUUCAUUGAGCUUUUCUUCAUUCUCACGUCAAUCUGGUUACAUCAAUUUUAUUAUAUAUUUGGUUUCCUCUUCAUUGUGUUCCUCAUCCUCAUUGUUACUUGUGCUGAGAUCACCAUAGUUCUCUGCUACUUCCAGCUGUGCAGUGAGGAUUACUGUUGGUGGUGGAGGUCAUAUCUGACUUCUGGUUCCUCUGCCCUGUACCUUUUCCUGUAUGCUGCAUUUUACUUUUUCACAAAGCUUGAGAUCACAAAACCAGUAUCUGGGGUCUUGUAUUUUGGGUACAUGCUGCUUCUUUCAUAUGGUUUCUUCGUGGUCACUGGUACAAUUGGUUUCUAUUCGUGCUUCUGGUUCGUAAAGCUAAUCUACUCAUCGGUGAAAAUUGACUGA